UUACAUUCUCAACAGUGUUUGAACAUGGUGGUGUGAAAGAAAUUUGAGUUACCUGAGGAUAAACUCUAUUUAAUAUUAGUGCAGCAGUCUUAUAGGUUUAGACAAUUAGAUUAUGUGCAUUAAUAACGAUAAGUUUAGGUGUGACAGCGGCUACCAGGGAGGUUUAGCUCCUGGAAUCCAAACUGUUCACUGGCUUUAUUUCUGGCAUUGCUAAAGGCACAUAGGCAAUGGCAUCUACUUUUACCCUCCUCCCCACUGAUAGGCUCGUACUAAGCAUGCACUGGUUCCAGAAUGUAUCUGUAUGUAUGCCAGUGUUGGUCAAGUCUGGUCUUGAUAAAGCUCACACUUGGUUCAGUAACAACACACUGGCAGAUUGUUCCUCGAGCUUAUAACUCGCUACUAAAAAGUUUGCCCUGACAAUUUUCUGAACUUGUGGCUGUGAUUGCGAUUCUUCAGGCAAUCCAAGACUUUAUAUCUAAUAGACUGAUAUUUUACAUAUAUACCGGUAUAUAAAAUGGCUGUGUCAGAGUUUAGUGCUACGUUCCCACUUCUCUGCCCUUCAAUAUUUCGAAAGGUACCACAGUCAUUCCACGGUUUCAUCAGGAUCGGGGGUGUUGCUCAUGAGGUCCAGUUAGACACUCCACACUUCCCAGCACUGAAAGGAAUGACCCUCAGCACCGACAUUCAACUCUCCUGCAUUGUCAACAGUUGUCGACCCCAGCUGCUUGAGGAAGAAAAAAAAUGCAGCACUGUUUUGGAGUACCUUUUGAAAUUCCAGAAAAUAUGUAGCUCAAUACCCAGUGAUGAACAGAAGGAGGAGGAGGAAUAUUUAUCACUGCUCAAUAAAUCCCAUUUUAAGUGUCUCCUCUCACACCUAGAAGCCAUUGGAUGGUCGAAAGUUACAAAUGUUUCAUCAAACUUCUCAACUAUUACCUUUGAGACCAGAGAUGAGAAGGAACGCUCACAUAUCCUCAUGGUGAAUGUAAAGGCCGGAUAUCCCCAGGAGGAGCCAGUAGUUAAAGCAGAUCUACCGGUGGAGUUGGAGUUUUCCUGGAGUCCUGUUGAGGGGUUGUCCUGCAUCUUAACAGCUUGGCAGGAACUCUUGGCAAGUUUACAAGCUUUCUGGGAUGUCUUGGAUGAGCUGGAUGAGGCUGUGCUGGUGUUGGAUCCCCCAAGCCCUGCACGGAGACACACCACCCGGAGAAUUCUACUCAGGAACCAUGUAAGUGUCCAGCUGACUGUGUCAUUGGUCCACCCACACAGCCUACCACAGUGCCACCUGCUGGGCACCUCACGCCUCGUUGACCCCCUCAACAUACGUCUCACUGAGAAGUAUGAGGAGUGGGACCCUGAACGAAGUAUAGUGAGGAACUUAGAAGCAAUCCUUGGUGUAAGUGUGGUAAGAUCCAAGACUGGAGGACAGGCUGAGGAGUGGAGUGCUGAGUGUGCUGUGUGCUACUGCCUUCACAUAGAAGAAUCUUUACCUGAUCUAACUUGUGAUCAUUGUUCUCAGGCCUUCCAUGUACAGUGUUUGUAUGAGUGGUUGUGUGGUCUGACAAAUAGCCGACAGAGCAUGAACGUCAUCUUCGGGGAGUGUCCAUACUGCACCCAGUUGAUAUCAUGCAAGGUGCCAGCUUAACAUUUAUGGAAAAACAACAGUGAAGAAAUAAAAACUUAAUGUAAGCA